AUGAAGUAUAUUGAUGAGGUUGAUAUUGAACUAGUAAAUCAAGAGCUUAACUUCCAUACAAACGAUAACUCGCUUGUGAUAAAGGGUGGCUGUGACCUAUUUACCACGAAACCAAUCACUUCCGACAAAAAGCUCUACAAGACUAUUGAUAAACAUUUAACUCAAUUGAUACAAGAUAACGAGUUAUCAAGGACCAUUGAAAAAGAGAGAAAGAAUUCCAUAAACUCCUUGAUGGGAAGUAGCCCAACGAUAACGAAUUCUUUCGAUAACAAGAUGAAUAUCAGUGAAGUCGCCAAUGGCAACCUUAGUUAUAAAGGAAGACUGAAUUCGAAUGUCACAGAUUCGUCAAUCGAACUUGAUUCAAUUGAUGAAUCACCAUUUGGGUCUUUGAAAAACAUACAGGUGAAGAAAAAAUUUGCUAACUUGAUAGCCAUUUUGAACACAACCUUCCCUGACAACGAUUUUUCUGCAUUAUCUCCAACAACGGAGAACUUUCACAAGAUAUCAUCGGAGGAUUUGAUUUCUAGAUUCAACAAUGUGAUGAUGUCUUUGGGAAAGAAAAAGGAGAACUUAGAUUGGAUUUGGGAUAGAAUUGAUAGUCAUUUACAUCUCAUACCAAAAAAUCCAAUUUCACCAACUUUGAUACCCGGAAAUUUGAUCAAUACAGGUAGUAAUCAAGAAGAAUAUAUACAGAAACCAAGGUCUUCUAGUAUGCAUAGAAGGUUUUCCAAUGAUACACCUUUUACUACAGAGUAUUGUCAAAUUUUUGAAUUUAGACCAAAAGAGACCUCCAUCAUCGAAGAUUUGAAUUAUCCUUAUCAAACUAUGUGGUCAAAUUAUUGGUUUAUUUACAAUAAGAAAAAGAAGAAAGUCGCCUUUAUAUAUUUAACUGCUAUCAAUAAAAUUCAUUAUUCUAUGGUCAAUGGAAACAGGAAAUAUUCAAACAAUACCAAUAAAAAGAACCUCAGUGAAAUAAUAGGCGAAGAGGAAACCGACUAUGACAACAUGUCAAUGGAUGACUACGAGGAAGUCUUCAUCGAUGACGACGAUGAAGAUCAAGAAAUUGACAACAUUGCCAUAUAG